CAAAUUUCUUCAUUUCCUCUGAAAAUUUUCAGAAAAAGUUUUACUUCCGACAAGUGUACUUGGUCAUUUUCUCUUUCUGUAUGUUGGAUGUGAACACUGUGUCGUCAUUUCUUCAAGAUCACUGUCUAUAACAACCUUGUCGAAGUAACCGCUAGUGGAAAAAACCAGAAACGGGGAAAAUAAAAUCCCGGAAAGAAAGAGGGUGCCGGAGAAAAAAAAUCUAUAAUUAUCUUAUCAUCCCUCAAUGGCGAAGAUCCCGGUGAGGUUCAAGAGGGUGGCGGCUGCUUUCGACGAGGUGGUUCGGGUGCGGCCAUGCGACAGCUGGGAAAGCGAGAGUUCUACUGAGCUUUCGGAUGCUGAUCUUUCGGAUCUGGUGAAUUCUUUUCUUGAAGAAGAAAGGGUUGGAGUUGAAGAGGAAAUGGUUAAGGAUGAGGGAGGAGACGUUGAGCGAGAAACGGAUGGGGAUUUGAUUGGAAGAAGAGAAAGUUACUGCUCUGAUUCGGAGACGAAGGAGGCGUUGCGGAGCUUGUUAGGCGACGAGGCUUCGGAUGACGCCGUUGAAAAGAUUCGGGCCGAGACGGAACUUGCGUGCCGGCAUAUCGGGAGUGGUUCGUCGUCGAAGGGGUUUAAGCGGCGGCUGAUGAAUCGUUUACGCGAGAGAGGGUUCGACGCCGGUCUCUGCAAAUCUCGGUGGGGGAAAACCAAUAAGCGGUCGAUUCCCGGGGACUACGAGUACGUCGACGUUAACAUCGCCGGAACCCGCUAUGUCGUGGAAGUGUUUCUCGCCGGAGAAUUCGAGAUAGCCCGGGCAACUAAAGAUUACAUUUCACUGCUGGAGGAAUUUCCUCCGAUCUUCGUGGGAAAGCAAGAAGAGCUGAAGCAGAUUGUGAGGAUAAUGAGCCGAGCCAUGAAAGGAUCCAUGAAGAGCGUGGAAAUGCACGUCCCGCCGUGGAGGAGGAACAGCUACAUGCAGGCGAAAUGGUUUGGGUCGUACAAGCGGACGACCAGUGCCGCUCCGCCGAGGAAGGAGUCGGAACGGGGCCCCGGUUUCGCCGGAGAGAGGUUGCCGGAGAUGAUUUUGGUGGUAGGAUAGCGUUUCAAGGGGUUUUUGGGUGUUGAUUGAAGUUUGCUUUGUAAUCAAUUUGUAAAUUUGUUUGAAUGAAAAUAAAAUUAUUUUCUACUUCUCAAAACA